AAACGCCGGGAAUUAGAAAAGUUCUUUGUGGAAUCCGUGAUUGGCGAUCCCUACCCGGCUGAUUGUUUCGCGAGCCCCGAAUCCCGGAUAAAUGGAGCAUCCGCCGGGCGAUUUCUCCACCGCGAUGCAUACAUCAACGUGACUAAGGUGACAAGAAAAACGGAGGACAUGAAAUAAAUGUUAUCAAUGACCUGAAUGAUUCUCACAUCAACGGUGCUGAUUAAACCGUGAGUAUGGUGGUGGUGUUGAACGGCGUGCUGGCGGACGAGUGCCCGACGUCGGUGCGGGCGCUGCUGGCGGCGCACCCGGGGUACCGGGACGCGGCGGCGCAGCUGCUGGCCGGGGCGCCGCGCGUCGUCGGCCCCCAGGGUCUGCUGUACGUCGCGCAGCGGGAGAUGGCGGCCGCGGUGCCGCACGACAAGAACGUCACUAUCAUAGGAUCGGACGACGCCACAACAUGUAUAAUAGUCAUAGUCAAGCAUUCAGGUUCAGGCGCAGUCUCGCUGGCGCACUUCGACGGCUCGGGCACGGCGGAGGCGGCGGCGGCGAUGGUGGCGAAGACGCAGCAGCUCGCGGUCGGCUAUCCCGAGGGCCGGCUCGAGCUGCAGCUCGUCGGCGGCUUCACCGACCCCCACAGAUACUCCGACAAGCUGUUCGCUAAUAUCAUGCUGUCGUUCCACCGUCUGACCGAGGAGAUAGACCUGACUCUCGCGUGCUGCUGCGAGCUCAACACGGCGCUCGGGGGCUCCGCUCCGGCGCCUCUGGUGACGGGCGUGGGGCUCGACCUGCGCGCCGGGGAAAUCUUCCCCGCCAACUUCCCUGAUAAGGGCCCCGAACUGCCGCUGCGCAGCGCGAGAGCCUUCACCGGCGGGCCCAACUCGACGCAAGUGCUGGACAUAUACGACAACGGCAUCGGUAUGCUGCGCAUCGGCCCGUUCAACUACGACCCCCUGCGCAGCGUAGACCUGUGGCUGCAGCAGUCGGACGAGUUCAUCCUGCAGCACCUCAGCACCACGCCCACGCUGGAACCGCCGCACUUCGUACAUAACAUCCGCAUGAUGCUCAAGUUCAUCCAGCAGCAUCCUUUCCCCGCUGUGACAGUGUUUCCCGAAAACCGCGCGCACUACUACCGCCGCGACGAGCAGACCGGCUGCUGGAUGCCCGUGAGGUUCUAGCUGUAGACAACACUAGCGUAAACAACUACGGAACCCUAAAACGCGCUACGAGCAUAGACAAUAUGUACCAGCGAAGAAGCGUAUACAACA